AUGAAAUCUGUCUGCCAAAUAUGAAAUGAAUGACCCACUGCGCUGUUCUGCCUUCUGGCAUGGUGAAAAAUAUUGGUUAAAUCUAGCAUUUCUAGACAGAGACAUCGCCCAGUUACAAUUAUGACUCAGUCUAUAGUUAUUCAAGUUGGACAAUGUGGAAAUCAGAUUGGAUGUCGUUUCUGGGAUCUUGCCCUCAGGGAACAUGCUACCUACAACAAGAAGGGCAUCUUUGAUGAAUCCCUCAGCAGUUUCUUCCGGAAUGUGGAUGCCAGAUACAGCAACCCUCUUGAUCUUGGAAUCGGCGAUGGGAAACAAAAGAUCACAAGCCUCAAAGCAAGGGCAGUCUUGAUCGACAUGGAGGAGGGUGUGGUCAAUGAGCUUUUGAAGGGCUCCCUCAGGGACGUCUUUGAUCACAGGCAGCUGCUCACAGAUGUCUCCGGCUGUGGCAAUAAUUGGGCUGUGGGUCACAAGUUGUAUGGCAGUCAGUACCAGGAGCAGCUAGAGGAGUGUAUCCGAACAGCAGCAGAAUGCUGUGACUGCCUUCAGUGUUUCUUCAUCAUGCAUUCUAUGGGAGGAGGUACUGGGUCUGGGGUUGGCACAGCAGUCCUCAGCCAACUCCAAGAUCUUUAUCCAGAUGUUUACAGGUUUGUUACUGCUGUGUACCCAAGCAGCGAUGAUGAUGUCAUCACUUCCCCGUACAACAGUGUACUGGCCAUGAGACAGCUCACGGAUUGCGCAGACUGUGUUAUGCCUAUAGAGAAUCAGGCUCUCUAUGACAUCUGCCAGAAGGUGUAUCAGGCCCAACCACAGGAACAAGGGGGUAAGCGCACCUACCCAGCUGGGUCAGGUCAGGUCAAAGGUCAAGGCAGCGUGGUGUCGGGGGCAGGCGGUGCAACUAAGGCUGGCCAAGAGAAGCCGUUCGAUCACAUGAACAAUAUUGUUGCCAACUUACUUCUGAAUCUCACCAGUUCUUCCAGAUUUGAGGGUUCUCUGAAUGUGGAUCUUAAUGAGAUCAGUACAAACUUGGUUCCCUUUCCACGCCUGCACUACCUGGUCACAAGCCAGACACCUCUCUAUACGUCAAAUAGCCUCAGGAUACCUGCAAGAAGAUUAGACCAGAUGUUCACUGAUGCAUUUAGCCGUGAGAAUCAACUGCUGAAAGCUGAUCCAAAGAACAGUAUGUACUUGGCAUGUGCCCUUAUGUGUCGUGGAAAUGUACAGGUUUCCGACAUACGCCGUAAUAUUGACAGGUUACGACCAUCGCUGAAUUUCAUUCACUGGAACACGGAUGGUUGGAAGACUGGUCUGUGUUCUGUGCCUCCCGUGGGUCACCCCUAUUCCCUUCUCACCAUGGCCAACAACACUUGUCUCAAGACAAACUUCUCCGAUCUACGAGAUAGAUUCAAUAGACUCUACAAAAGGAAGGCACAUAUACAUCACUACACGAGUGUAGAAGGUAUGGACACAGGGGAAUUCAAGGAGAGUCUGGAGUCUCUAUCAUCCCUCAUAGAGGAGUACCAGAAGCUUGAGACGGCAAAGGCCCAGCCAGUUCCUCGCCUCAACAUAGCUACUUGAGGGAAUCAAGUGCUAGGUUCCUUCAAGAAGAGUGCUACUGGCUGGAAGUGGCAACCCAGGUACUUCACCUCAAUCUAGCAACUGGAUGGACUUUGAGUGCCAGAUCUGCCUAGAGGAGUAUUCCUAGCUUGGAGUAUCAGGUUCUUCACUUGGACUUCAAGAUUAAGAGCGUUGAGUGGCUGUUUGCAUCGCUCAAAUGCUUGGUUCUUCAAGUACCUUAGAGGUCGCUGUGCAGUUUUAUCGCUUCAGCAGGGGAUCCUGGUAAGCUUCAAGCAAAGUGGCGUCAAGUUCCUGUUGAAAUUCAUCGAGCUUGAUGGCUGAAGUUUCUUUUCACAUUGUAUCUUGUCUGACUGAAUGACUGAUCUGCAAAGUUUCCAGUCUGAUUCUGACUAGAAGGAGGGUGCUGAUAUGGAGAUACAUUUGUUUGUCUUCAUCAACAGAGAAGAAUAAAGUAAGGUUUGAAGUGUCAUGAAAACAUGUAGGUCAUCACUUAAGAGGCUUCAGAUUUGCAUGGUGCAUCAUAGAGCUGUUUGUAAAGAUACACACAACCCUGUGACUGAUGGCCUGUUCUUGGGUGCCCAAUCAGACUCAAUCGUUUUUAUUUCAAUCAGCAGAAGCGUACAUCAAACCUUUGUGGAAUGAAAUUCUUGUUCACACGCA